ACUGGAAUUCUCUCAAACCUGCUCAUAGGUCCACCACUUCAGACUGGCAGGUGAUGUUUCAGACAGAUGACGAGCAGUUGCCGCCAAUAAACAUCUCAGACGCUCGUAAGCAGGGAUAUGCGUUUCUCUUCACUGAAGGAAGGCUGGUAUUUCGUGCUCCGUAUGGACAACCUGAGUCAUUCAGCACUGAGGUCAAUGGUGUUCCAGUAGAAGCAGUACAUGCAACUAUAUUCUCCAGACAAAGCUGGGUUGUCCUCAUGGUUGACCUUGUGGCUGCUUGCUCCAUGGAUGAAGGCUUGUAUCAUGAAAGCGGCUACAUGAUGUGGGAGACUCCUGAGAUGCUGUACCCAAAUAUAGAUGGCCAACAAAUCAACGUUGGUCUCAAGGGUGAACUUGUUGCCCAGCCAGUUGCAGAGGAGAGGGGCUACAUUGUGGGGAAGCAGAACAACACAAUCCAGAUCUGCAUUCCCGAAAAUGCUGAAGGACGAUACAGGAAGAGUGCUGUGGAGGACGAUCUCUACGAGUUUUAUGUCUAUCAUCUCUACUUGGAACAAAUCCUGGUGGAUGAGGAUCGUGUAGAAACCAGGAUCCGCUCCCUCAGGACUUUGGCCACUCCCCUGCUGCCAAGCCCCAUCUUCGCUGAAAACCAAACUGUUCUUGAAGAAAACAUGUUCACGGUGUACCUCGGAGACGUCCCUGAAGACGUACAGUUGGCUGCUGUUCAUUUGAAUGGACAAGAAUUUACAGUGCCCUUAAGCGUAAGCAGUUUCAUUAUCACAAAAGUUGUUCAUCCCAACAACACUCAUGGCUACAAACUGAAGGUGCCUUUUGAAGACCCUGUCGUCCUGCAACAGUUCUCUAAAACAGAUGCUCUUCAUUAUAUACUCAACAUCAACUACACACUGACAGUUUUGCCUGAAAAGGACCUUUAUUACCACAUGGAAUCUGUUGUAGCAUUGGUCACAGAUGUCUCUCCUCCGCAAUUUGAUGCUGUCUGCACGGAGUCUGGCAUCAGCUUCAAGCUGGACCACCGGCCUUUUGACUACCUGUGGGAGAUCACUAUCGACUCAGACCUGCUGACAUCAGAGCUGGCAGACCAGCACGGCUACACCAUGAUCAACGAUAGCAACAGUCUGCUGCUCGAGGUGCCGCUCUUCUCUCACGGCUACGAGUACAAGAACGUAUCCUUGAAGGGAUUCUUUGGCACUUUUGAAAUCAUCAUGCGGGAUCUUGAAACAUCAGAGGUCCAGGGAUCGACUAUCAAGACUUGUCCGUUCUCUACUACAGAACUCAUUAUGUGUUCGACUGAUGGGAGGAUAACUGUGGUGGCUGACUUGGCUCUGGCCAUCCCAAAUGGAGGCAAUCCUGCUAGAACCAACCUGAGAGACAAAUACUGUGGCCCCAAAGAGACAGACGGCAGCAGGGCUCUGUUCUCUUUCUCUCUCACCAGCUGUGGAUCCACAGUCAAGCUCAACAGUGAAAAUGUGACCUAUGAAAAUGAGAUUUUCUAUAGCAAGAAGUUCCUCAGACCUAGCAAGGUUGUUUCCGAUAAUGCUAAGGAAAGGGUGACAAUGCAGUGUACCUAUCCUCUCUCUGGUCUCCUUCGACUCUUCUCAGUGCACAGAUUUGAGUCCGAUGCAGCUGGAAUCGGCAGCCUCCUCCAUACCACACAUCCUGCAGCAGAUCUGCAGAGUCCCACAAUCCAGCCCACUUCAGCUCUUACAACUACACUUGCUACAACCACACUUGCUGCCACAAGACGAGCUACAGGAUCAUACAAGCCUGCCCUCCACCCUCCUUCUCGCUAUGUCAAAGUGACUAGGUUUCGAUAUCCGGCCAACGCUAGGUUUCGAUAUCUGGCCAACGCUAUGAAUAAAGGAGUUCGACAAUCCUUGCAGACAAAGCUUAAUGCUGCCCAUAUUUGAAGGAAGUAUAAUUUUUAAAUUGGUCAUUUUGGAAUUUAAUAAAGCUGUUUUCUUAAA